UCGUGGAGCUUAAACACGUAGUUCGUAGCCUGUUAGUUCGUGGUGCCAGUUUAAAAUCCAGUGUGUCUGCUUAGGUCAGUGUAUUUCGUUAAAACGUUUCAUCCGCGAAUUAUAGCAGUAAAUUAUCAACCGAAUGAGGAUUAGCCGCAUUCGCUAUGGGAAGACUCUUCAGAUGGAAGUCGGUGGUUCGUCGGACGUUAUGCACCGACGCAACCAGCAUUAACAAAAAUGUUGCAGCAUCCCAAUCUCCAGAUAUAAACGGGGCUUUACCCUACGAGACAAUCCCGGGACCCAAGCCACUGCCGAUACUCGGAAACACAUGGAGACUCUUGCCAGUUAUCGGUCAGUACAAGAUAUCCGACGUUGCGAAAAUUUCGGAAUUAUUUCAUCAACAUUACGGAAAGAUCGUGAGGCUCACUGGCCUCAUUGGGAGACCAGACCUUCUUUUCGUCUAUGAUGCUGACGAGAUAGAAAAAGUCUAUCGCCACGAGGGACCGACUCCCUUCAGACCCUCCAUGCCCUGUCUCGUCCACUAUAAGGGCACCGUACGCAAGGAAUUCUUUGGUGACUUACCAGGAGUCGUCGGGGUGCAUGGUGAACCUUGGAGAGAAUUUCGCACACGAGUUCAGAAGCCAGUUUUACAACCCGUGACGGUCAGAAAGUACAUUCAACCCAUUGGAGUGGUGACUGAUGACUUCAUCCAGAGAAUGGAUGAAAUCAAGAGAGAGGAUGGAGAAUUACCAGCUGAUUUCGAUAAUGAAAUUCACAAAUGGGCUCUUGAGUGCAUAGGGAGAGUUGCCCUUGACGUAAGGUUGGGCUGCCUUGGAGAAAAUUUAGCGCCUGAUUCCGAGCCUCAAAAAAUAAUUGACGCAGCUAAAUACGCGCUGAGGAACGUGGCUGUCUUGGAGUUGAAGGCACCCUUCUGGAGGUACAUUCCAACUCCGCUCUGGACUCGCUAUGUUCGUAACAUGGACUAUUUUAUCAAGAUAUGCAUGAAGCACAUCGACGAAGCAAUGGAAAGGCUGAAAACGAAAAAAUCUGUUAGCGAAACCGACUUGUCACUAGUGGAAAGAAUCUUGGCCAAAGAAACUGAUCCGAAAAUGGCGUAUAUUCUUGCCUUGGAUCUUAUUCUAGUCGGCAUUGAUACAAUCUCGAUGGCAGUUUGCUCGAUUCUCUAUCAACUAGCGACGAGACCUGAAGCACAGGAAAAAAUGUACCAAGAACUGUUAAAGAUCCUUCCGGAUCCUAAUGUGCCGAUCACUACUCAACAUCUGGACCAGGCUGUCUACAUGAAGGCAUUCAUCCGUGAAGUGUUUCGAGUUUAUUCUACAGUGAUUGGUAACGGAAGAACACUCCAAAACGAUACUGUGAUCUGCGGUUACAAAGUACCCAAAGGGGUCCAAGUAGUAUUUCCCACUCUGGUCACGGGCAACAUGGAGGAAUAUGUGGCUGACGCAAAAUCGUUCAAGCCCGAAAGAUGGCUGAAGGAAUCCGCUAAUGAAAAACUCCAUCCAUUCGCGUCGCUUCCUUACGGUUACGGGGCUCGAAUGUGUCUCGGAAGAAGAUUUGCCGACUUGGAAAUGCAAGUUCUUCUAACGAAGCUUAUUCGCUCUUAUAAAUUAGAGUAUCAUCACGAGCCUUUGAAGUACAAAGUGACGUUUAUGUACGCACCUGACGGUGAACUGAAGUUCAAGAUGCUGAAGAGAUGAAACGCUGCGGGAGAUUGAAAGGGAUGGACCGAAUCCCUUUCAAAGUCAAAUAAAUUCCGAGUACUCAUAGGCCAAAUUAAUAUUUUAUAUUUAAUUUGUACAUAUAAAUAACGAGAUUAUUAUCUAUCUCGACGAUUGUCUAAACGUUGUACCAGUAAAGAAUUAUUUCUAUUUAAUCUCA